GCCAAUGUAACCGUGCCAUUGCAGGAGCCUUAAUGUGUUUAUUUAGCUAUUAAUUCAUAUUCAUCGGGGUUUAUAUCUAAGCCCCUAAUUAAGGGCAGCUUCUUCCUUGAGAAGUCAUUUAUUAAGGAUGUCUUUCUCCUGGCCGUGCAAAUUAAUUGCUGAAGAUUUUUUGGCGACGGGAUUUGGGUUGGGGCUGGAUCCGGAUCCGGAUCCGAGUGUUUUCCGAUUUGAUCGCGUUUGCAGACCUGCUAGAUCAAGUGAUGUACUGGCGCUUCCAAUUUUCAAACAAGAGGAGCCUCAGCCAUCUCCAGAGAGUGAUUCGAAAUUGUCCCCAUUUCAAUACGUUCUGUGUGCAGCCACGUCCCCUGCUGUCAAACUGCACGAGGAGACACUGACUUACCUGAACCAAGGUCAAUCCUAUGAAAUCCGCAUGCUUAACAACAGAAAACAAGUGUGUUGCACAGAUUUAAGCAGCAAGUAUGUUAAGAGCAUCCUUCGCGUGGUUUUUCAUGACCGGCGGUUGCAGUACACGGAACACCAGCAGCUGGAGGGGUGGAAGUGGAACAGACCAGGAGACAGGAUCCUUGACAUCGAUAUCCCAUUGUCAGUUGGGAUCAUUGAGCCCAGAGCCAACCCAACCCAACUGAACACUAUUGAAUUCCUGUGGGACCCGGCCAAGAGAGCCUCCGCAUUUAUCCAGGUUCAUUGCAUCAGUACAGAGUUUACUCCCAGGAAGCACGGAGGAGAGAAGGGCGUCCCGUUCCGGAUCCAGAUCGACUCGUUCAAACAGAACGCGAGCGGCGAGUACACGGAGCACGUGAACUCGGCAAGCACUCAGGUCAAAGUGUUCAAGCCCAAAGGAGCCGACAGAAAACAAAAGACAGACCGAGAAAAGAUGGAGAAAAGAAGCCCUCAGGAAAGGGAGAAAUAUCAGCAGUCCUACGAAACCACUUUCCUUACAGAGUGUUCUCCCUGGCCUGACCUGCCCUGUAUGACGAACACCCCUUCCCCUGGUUACAGCAGCUCUCCACCGAGCUUCAGCCUCAGAGAUGGUAGAAAUGUCUCUCCAAAUGAAGAGGGGGACCUGCUCCUUCCCAACCUCGCCGAUCCCCUCCUGCCCAACGCUUCCAUCCAAGAUGCCCAGCAGUGGCUGCACCGACAUCGCUUCUCGCCCUACUCCCGGCUGUUUGCUAAUUUCUCAGGAGCUGAUUUACUAAAGAUGUCCAAAGAAGACUUGGUCCAGAUCUGCGGUCCUGCCGAUGGAAUCCGGCUUUACAAUGUAAUCAAGAGAAGGAACGUCCGCCCACGCCUCACAGUCUAUGUGUGUCAAGAAGCAGAGCACAGCAGGGCUGUGCAACCACAGAAACAGGACCAGAGCGCCGGCACAUUGUGCGUAUACCAUGCUAUCUAUUUGGAAGAAUUGACAGCACUAGAAUUGACAGAGAAGAUAGCUAACUUAUACAGCAUUGCACCCUGCCAAAUCAACCAGAUCUACAGACAAGGACCCACAGGGGUCCAUAUCUUAGUGUCUGAUGAGAUGGUGCAUUACCUCAUCGACGAGUCGUGUUUUGUAAUCAACACACUAAAAGCUGAAAGCAGCGAGGGCUAUCAUAUUAUUUUGAAGUGACUUGACUGCGGAGUACUUCUGUUGAGUGAGCAAGAAUACUCAGACUCAAAGACUUGAAAAAAAGGACCAUAAGGGGUGGGGGGUGGGGGUGAAGCUUUUUCCCAAGCAGAUGUACAUGUUGAAACACUUGGAAUCAUAAUACAUGGAGAAGACAAACACGGAAUAAAGUGAAGUUGAGGGGUGUUUUUUUUUUUUUUAAUGAUUUAUUUGCAAGGUGUCACUGUGUGCCUUUGUCCCAUUCCUACAAGGAAUAGCACAAUGAUUGAUGUCAUUUUCAGAGUAUAAUGUGCACCCUUUUAAACACUGUGCUUGCGUAUUAUACAAGGGGUGCACGUUGUACAAUAGCUACCUUGUAAAACCCAGCGUCUGUUACAUGCAUUACACAGAUGCAAGUUUUAUAUUCUAAAAAUUAUGGGAACUAAAAAAAAAAAAAAAAAAGAAAUUUCAUUUUGUUUGAUCAAAAAAAAAUGAAGAAAAAGGACAUGUCUUUGUAUUUUUAUAUUGUUAUAAGUUGAUAAGAUAAGGGAGUUGUAUAUGUUAUCAUAACAUAAUAGUGCUGGAGAUAUGCUAUCAAAUAAGUAAAGGAAAAAUGAAGAUGGGUUAAACAGUCUAUCGAAGAAGGGACUUCACAAGUGGUCUUUACAGAAAGUGCAGCUUUAAAAUGCAGGGUUGGAUUCCAUUGCCAUGUGUGCUUGCUGGCGAGUACAGUGCUGUUCUGCUACUGAAGAGAUGUGAUGGGUUAUACACAUUCAGCUCUGCACUACAAAUAGGAUUUAUACCUUCAUUUUUUUCUUGCAGCAGGAAAGGUAUCGUGUGUGUGUGUGUGUGUGUGUGUGUAUAUAUAUAUAUAUAAUUUUUUUGUAUAUGUUGCCUUUUAGCACAAUAUAAAUAAAAGGAAGGCCGAUCUUAUCAGUUGCUUUAAAAACAAUAAAUCUCAAUCUUUAGUUUUGACUCCACUUCUGAACCUGGGUGAACAUUAGUCAGCUAGCUUUCAAAGCUAGAACGUGGCGUUCUAAACCGAGCAAUUAAAAACACAUUGCUCAAGAUCUCGGGUUGCUGGUUUUCUCAGUUCGUAAUGUUAGCAUGGAGGUAAUUAAGGACACUUCUAUGGCCUGUUGUGUUGUGAGGUGCACCCUCAUGGAAUGCUAAAAGCUCUCUAGAGGCACAGUGGUGUGGUCCUGGAGCACUGAAUGAGGGCAGAGUGUGGGUGCACUGCCGACCAAGCUUCCCAAACCACUCCGGUCUGAUCCCUGUGUAGGGACCCAGACAAGACCAAGUGCUGACCCAGGGUAACUGGGCAACAAGAGACGCAAAGCAAUCUGCCGCUCAAUUACUGUAGCAGUGUAAUAACUUUAUACGAACUCUUACAAGGAAGACUGGGCUUUCACAUCUAACAAAGUGAAGAUCGGUUUGAAAUAGCCAGCUGGGUACUGUAGUCAGACUAUGAAACGGGAAUACCAAAAAAUACAAAAACGUAUGGAUUUUUAUUAAGAAAACUGGGGGAAAUCAUUUUUUACUGCUCACUUGCCAAUAAUAUAGAACAGCUGGUUAGGAAAGCAACUCCACAGGGAACAGGCUGGCUCGCUCACUCGCUCUCGUCCCUUUCAUUGGGAAUGCUCUUGAGUUCGGAUCGCUCGCUCUCGUCCCUUUCAUUGGGAAUGCUCUUGAGUUUUUGGUCCCCAGUACUGCAAUUCAUAAAACCAGCACUCUGCUUGAUAGAAGUAGAGGUAGGUGUGCAGUGUAUUCAAGUCAAGAUUAGCUUUAUAGGAUUUUCAGAGGAGGAUUUCCUGGUGCCCGGCUGUACCCUGUGUCCCUUACUGUUCAUGUACACUGAAUUCCCAAGCAGCAAAACUAUGGAAAAAUAAAUAAAUAUAAAAGUUCGCUCCAACUCCUCAAAGAAUCCUGAUUUUUUUACUGCACCUUGGUCAUACCUACUGAAAAAUGCAACAGAACUCUGUUUUUAACCCGAGUGUGUUUCCACUGCAGGUGUUUCAUUUCUAUUUCUAUUUUAGCAUCACCUCACAGAGGAAUCUCUACACCACUCCACGGUAGUGGGGUCAUUAUCUCUCUUCCUAUGCUUUUGCAUCCUGUGACCAUGUAUCAUGCGUGCAUUGUGAGUGCUGUUUGUGCAAUGUGGCAUUCGAAAAGAAGUUGCAAAGAAAACCACAACUGCCUGUACACUGUUUUCCUAUUUUAUUUUUUUCUUACUAGAACGACAAUUGAUUCAUUAGCAAACUGCCUAUGUAUUUGCUGCAGGUCGUCUGGGCAUCAAUGUCUGAUUUCUCAUUAAGAAUAAUUACUUUGGCAUUUAAAUAUUAUCAGGCGCUAGUUAAAAGAAAUGCGUUUUUUUUUCAAAAGACAAAUGCAGUAUUGAGUUCUGUUUUCUUUGAAAUGGCAUUCCUGUGUGUGCUCUUUCUAAGCUUGAUGGAGGGGUGCUUUAUUUGAACCAUGUACUGAACAAGGUCCUUGGGCUGCGUGGCUUGGGCAUAGCUGGAUUUCUAGACUGUGUGUGUAAUCUCUUGAGUGUACAAUACAUAUAUUUACAAACUGAGAUCAAAUGGUAACUUGGAGCUGUGUAGAACAGCUGGGAACAGAAACGUAUAUUUGAAAAGUCAGCACUUUGUCCUUGUUGACAAAAGCUUAUGAACAAACACACCGGGAGAGUAAAACUCAUGAGUGGGGUUAUAAUAAUGAAGAUGGCGUGCUGCAAGAUCUCCAGGUGAUACCAUUUGAAACAGUAAUGUGAAUACAGUCAGUUGUAUGUGCACAAGGCAAUCAAGUUUCAGAUGUAUGCCAUGUACUUUGUAUUUAACCAUGAAGCGCAUACCAAAUACAAAUCAACUAAAUAUAAUGGCAUUGCUGGGGUCCUUUUCUCUUGAUGUUGAUGCUGUUUCAGUCUUCUAUGUUAUUACAUGUCUAACUUUUGUUUCAAAGAUGUUUUAUUGUGUGCGUGUGUGUCUAAAUAUUUAUAUAUAUAUAUCUCCCCUCCACCCCCAGAAAUAUGCUAGUGAUUUUCUGUUUUAAGUUGCUACUUCCCAAAAAGAUCUGUUGUAUUAUUUGUAUCCUGUGAGAAUGUAAGGGGUUGUACAGCAUAUUCAGUUAACGAUUCGUUUUUCUAUGUGUCGGAUUUUUUUUUUUUUUUAUAUUCAGUGGCAUUCAACUUUUUUGCUUGUUCUGUUCUAUCCCAACUUUUAUAUAAUGUAUUAAAAAUCACUAUUUGUUUCCAAA